AGCUGUUCUGUGCCAAAACGAUGGAUGUCUCUGGAGCCUCGCAUCUCUCCCCGAGGCAUGAUGAUGAAGCCUCUGAUGCCGAGAGCGUCAGUGCUGCGAGCGCGCGAUCCGCCUCGAGCUUGUUGUCCAGGAGAUCACAGGGGCGCUCCUCUGGAAUGAACAUCUCCACAGGCACCGGGUCGCAGGAUACCAAGACCUACAGAGAUCUCCUUCUAAGCAAAGGAUAUCACAUCACAGGCAUCCUGGGCCGGGGGCAGAAUAGCGACUUCGUGGUGCAUUCGGCCAUGAAGAACGGCGAGAAGUUCGCGGUGAAAGUCUCCACGGAGAGCGAACAGGAGGGAACCAACGGUGGCGCCCUACGCCGGGAGUACGCGACCUUAUCCUCUCUCAAACACCCCAACAUCGUGCGGGCGCUGCAAAUUUGGCAGGGCCAUGUAGAUGAAGGCAUGAAAGGAUCUGCGAUGAUCUUGGAGUUUUGCGGAGGGAUUAGGCUCAGCCGUCGGCUGCCCUGGUCAGACGCGACCUUUCAGCUGGCAGCACGACGGAAAUGCCUCUGGCAGAUCGCGGAUGCCGUGGCAUACCUCCACUCCUUGCUCGUUGCUCAUCGAGACUUGCAUUGCAAGAACGUCUUGGUCAACGAGGUGGGCAAAGACAUCGAAGUGAAGGUCUUAGAUUUUGGCUGCGCACGGCCUCUGAACUCGGACGGCGGCGUUGAGGAAGAUGUGAACGUGAACAUACUGCCAGUGGGCUCUACACAGCCUUGCGAUAUCUUCGCCAUGGGGCUGAUCGGUUGCUCCAUCAUCUCGGGGAAGGAGAUCAGCAGCUGGGGCGUGGUACCGCCGGAUGGGGAGUCCUCCAUCACUUUGCCUGCCUGCGGUGCAAAGGACUUUCGCUUGACUGGGCUGAUGUCGGAAUAUCUGCUCGGCAUGCUUGAAGUGAAUGGGGAGCGCCGCUUCAAAGCACCAGAGGCGCUCAGCAGACUGCCCGAGGAGUCGCAGUGGUUGAUGACGCAGCCGAAGAAGCUUUCACUCUGAGGAAAACGCACAGAUCGAUCUGGCAAAAGCCGUGUGUGCAGAGUCAACCACC